GCCAAGCCAGUUGCAAAGCGGUACAGGAAUUUUUUUGUGAAAUUGUGUCGUGGUGUACUCGGCUCGUUGCUGCCGCCAAGAGAGAGAGAGGGGGAAAGAAGAAGAGGACGAGUUGCUACUGGACCCGAGCAUCUCGCGCGCUUCUCUUUCUGCGGCGGUGACGGUGCUGGCGAUUUGAUCACACGUGAGGCGUAGCUUUUCGAUUCUGCUCACUUAGAUGUUGCCUUACGCGCAUUGUGCGUAUGCGUGUGCACACAGACAGUAGAAAGAGAGAGUUUGUCGUCCUGUGUGAGGAAUCGCCGAAUAGUUUGAGUGGAUUUGGUGCGGCAUCAGCGCGCCUUUCCCAUGGUAGCAAGCACUGUUUGACCCGUUCUGGACACUGCUAACGUGUAGCACAUCUUUACAGUUCGCUUCUACCAGCAAUCGUGUAGCGAUGGGUUGCUGUGGCUCAAAAUCGGGCAGUGCUGAUAAUGGCGUCAGUAAACAGCCCUACACGGGCAAUACGGCCGCCACCGACAUUGGCAAUGGAACGGACGUGCGGACCAGCAUACCGCAGCAACCAGUAACGGGCACAAUGCACCAGGCGCCUGAGCAGCCUCAGCAGGCCUCUAGUGGCGGGAUGAUGCCUGGUGCCAAGUUGUUCGUUGCGAAAUACGACUACGACGCGAGAACCGAAGAGGAUCUGUCUUUCAAGAAAGGAGAGAUUUUGGAGAUUAUUGAUGAUACUUGUGGAGAUUGGUGGCGUGCACGAUCGCGCACAUCACAGCAAGAGGGUUAUGUUCCAAACAACUUCGUGGCCGAGGUCAAAAGUCUUGACGCACAUGAUUGGUUCUUUGGUCCAGUGCGGAGAAUUGAUACCGAGAAGAUGCUGCUAUUGCCCAUCAACGAGCAUGGUGCGUUCUUGAUUCGUGAAAGUGAGUCUAAGCCUGGAGACUUCUCACUAUCAGUCCGAGAUGGAGACACUGUGAAGCAUUACCGAUUACGGAAGCUCGACACUGGUGGUUUCUAUAUUGCCCGGAGAUCGACGUUCCCCGAUGUGCUCUCACUGGUGGAACACUACAUGGGCGACUCUGAUGGUCUCUGCGUCAACCUACGGCAUCCAUGCAAGCGAGCGGAACUCCCGCAGACAGCAGGUCUGGCUGCCAACGUACAAGAUCAAUGGGAAAUCCCAAGAGAGUCUGUCCGCAAGGUGAAGAAACUUGGCGCCGGUCAGUUUGGCGAGGUGUGGGAAGGCCUGUGGAACAACACAACACCGGUGGCCAUCAAGACACUGAAGCCGGGCACGAUGAGCGCGCAGGCCUUCCUGGAGGAGGCUCAGCUCAUGAAGCGCCUGCGCCACCCCAAGCUCAUCCAGCUGUACGCGGUGUGCACCGUCCAGGAGCCGAUCAUGAUCAUCACGGAGCUGAUGAAGCACGGCUCACUCCUCGACUACCUGCACGGCGAUGGGCACACGCUGGACAUGAAGCAGCUCAUCGAUAUGGCCGCGCAGGUUGCUGCAGGAAUGGCAUAUCUGGAGGCACAGAACUACAUUCACCGAGACUUGGCUGCAAGAAACAUUCUGGUGGGUGAGAACUUAGUUUGCAAGGUUGCCGAUUUCGGUCUAGCACGUCUUAUCAACGAGGACACGUACGUCGCUCACACUGGUGCCAAGUUCCCGAUCAAGUGGACCGCUCCCGAGGCGGCGCUCUACAACAAGUUCACAAUCAAGUCGGACGUGUGGUCUUUCGGUGUCCUGCUGACCGAGCUGGUCACGUACGGCCGCAUCCCCUACCCGGGCAUGACCAAUCCCGAGGUGCUGGCGCAAGUAGAGCGAGGCUACCGUAUGCCCAUACCGGCUAACUGCCCGGAGAAGAUGUACGACAUCAUGAUGGACUGCUGGAAGUCAAACGACUACGAGCGGCCAACCUUUGAGACCCUGCAGUGGCGACUGGAAGACUUCUUCACCGACAACGACGACAAUGGUUACCGCGAGGCGCCGUAAAGGUGAGCGGGUGCUUCUCUUUCCCUAGUACGUUCUUCAGGGGUCCAGUGUGCUGCCCCCAUCGACAUCAUCAGUUAGUGCCUAACAGGUUAUUUCUGGCUUGGUGGUCUUGCUUUGCAAGUACAGGCUGUUGGUUGUUACAGUCACCCGUCCACCUGACAACGCCUUUUCUCUAGCAAUUCUUAACUUAGUCUAUCUAUCCCCUGCAUAUCCGCUCGUUCACCAUUGGCAAUGGCACUAGCAAUUUCUGCCAACUGCUGUUGCUGCUCGUGCUGCUACUUAUGCUGCAUAUCCUCAGUGACUUGACAUAAACAGUACAUCAUGACAUCCCCCCCCCCCCCUUCUUCAACCGUUCAAAUGACAGUCGCUGUUCGGCUUAGCAUCAAUGGAUCUAACACAUGCCGGGCCAGCCGAGCAUGCUGCAGCUUUACGCGACGCGGCACAUGCCUUCUGUGUUAUUAUUUUUGCUCUCGCUCUUUUCUUCGUCUUUCCGUCGCGCUCGUCUGUGUAGAGUGCUUCUGGCAGGGCCGUGUCUGUUUGUGUGACCGUUGGCCUCUUCGUACAUGACCAAUGUAACACAUAUGUCUUGCUGCCACCGACUGGCUGUUAGUAGAUCGUUAGUUGCUUUAUCUAGAGAGAGAGAGAUGAGUGCAUCCGUGAUCAGUGAUGCGUGAUUGACUGAGUUUGUGGUGGACACACUGUUCAGUGUUGGACACCGGCCGCAGCACCCUGCCCGCUCAGCAGGUCAGGCUGAGCAAACCGUAAUUCUCGUUCUUUCUUCUUUAUCUAUAUAUUGCCGCAGUAGGAGAGCUCUAUUUUCUUCUACUUUCAUAAAACAUAUUUCACUCACUGCUUCUGUCCUUCACCAUAGUUGGCAGGCAUGCCUGUCUCAGUUUAGUAUUUUGCCCGUCUCAACAGAUAAAAUUACCGUUCUUUUUUUAAAAAGUGUAAUAGUAUGCUCGGUUGGACAAUAUUUGUAGCAACAUGCAGCUGUACUUUGAAGUACCUUGGUUGUGAAACUGUCUCGGUGCUUUCACUUCUGAUGCGUGUUUCUAUGCAUCGGUACCUCUCCCAACUCUGGUUUUAAACCGAUAUAGAAUGUAAAAACGAUCGCUUCUCUCUGUCUCUGUGUGUGUGUCUCUGUCUGUCUGUGUGUGCCUCUGUCUGCCUGUCUAUCUGUCUCUCUCUCUCUCUCUCUCUCUCUCUCUCUCUCUCUCUCUCUCUCUCUCUCUCUCUCUCUCUCUCUCUCUCUCUCUCUCUCUCUCUCUCUCUCUCUCUCUCUCCCCCCCCCCCUCCCUCUACUCUCUUUGCCAGCAGCAGAUUUUCUCCCGUGAUAAUUAUUAAAUCAAUGCCUCCCUUUUUGACACCCGACUAGACAACUAGAGAAGCUCAAGACUGAUUUAGGAAUAAUUAUUAUUGCAUGCAUGCUCAUGCACCACGGCCACGGCUUGCUUCUGCUGGCAGUAACUCUGUCUUGGAUUCUUUCAAAAAAGUGUGCCAUGCGUGGAGCUGCCGUGGUUGUCAUUGUUUCCCAAUGUUCUGUUUUUGUCAGUGUCCGCACCACAGUGAGAAUUUCCAUCCUGUUCAAGGUUGAUUAUCGA